AUGAAAGGGGUUGCUCUGAGAGGCCAGAGGGCCAUCAAGCCUCCAGGUUUGAUCUGUCAACUGUGCCAAUUGACUUCAUCUCCUGCCACGCGGCCUCGCACACAAUUUGCGCGAUCGUAUGCUUCGACUGCUCCAUUAACACACCCGUCCAAACUCGGCCAAUUGCGUCCCAAGAGAGACGCUCGGAACCAAUGGACGCCUAGCCAGACCAUUUCAAGACGAUAUGCCUCGAAGGCACCUCAGCCCUCGGCGCCUGUCGACCCGGAACAGGCCCUCGAACAACUCGAAUGCGACGCUGCACAGCUCCGCAAGUCCGAGUCCGUGCCGUCCGACGAAUCAGUCGUCCAGCUCCUGAAAAGAUGCCAGGAACUCGCCGAGACCAUCGUGCACGCUGACCAGGAGAAACCGGAGACGCCCUCCAAGACCAAGGGCGACGACGUGAUCACCUCCCUACUCGACCUGGAGGAAAAGAGCGGCAGCCAAAAACCCUCCCCGAAAGCCAAGGUCACGCAACCGUAUCUCCCCGAGUCGCUGGGGCAAGUCGCAUACGACAUCCUCGCCGACGAGAAAGUCUUCAUCUCCCCCGAAGCUCUGGCCUACUACACCAAGACCGCCACCCUCCUCAAGCAGGCCGAUCACUGCCCCGAGAUCUUCCACCUGUACGCCCACAAGCCGGUCCCGGAGGAGAACAGCUCGCCCAUAAAAUACCACAAGGCGAACCCCAAGAACAUCAACAGUGCUGUCCCCACGGAGCUAGCACACAUGGCCCUAGACGUUGCCACCGAGCAGCGCAACCUGCCACUCGUGCUGGCCAUCAUCGAUACGACGUUCUGCGCGCCGGCGUUCCACCGCGCCAAGGUCUUCAAGAAGGCCGCUGUGCCUCUGGGCGCGCUGGGAACCACCCCGAUCGCUUGUUACGCCAUUGCUUCGUGGGCGUCGACAUUGCAGAAUACUAUGGAUGCCAGCACGGCGACGGGGAUCGCGUUUGCCGCGAGUCUGGCGUAUGUCGGGGGUGUUUCGUCGAUUGGCAUCUUGGCUAUCACUACUGCCAAUGAUCAAAUGCAGAGGGUGACAUGGCUGUCUGGUGUGCCGUUGCGCCACCGGUGGCUGCGGGAAGAAGAGCGCGCUGCUUUGGAUAAGGUUGCGGUUAAAUGGGGAUUCAAGAACAUCUCUAUGUGGGGUGAAGAGGAGGGCGAGGAGUGGGAGAGCCUGCGGGAGUUCAUUGGUAUGAGGGGUAUGAUUUUGGAUAAGACGGAGCUGAUGCCGGGGAUGCAAUAA